CCCCUCAGAACCCUACAUUGAGGCCUCCCUUGUCCCUCCCACUCCAUCUUCUCCUAUAAGAACCCAUUCCCUUUUACACCACUUCCCUUAGUGUGCUCGUGUGCCCUAAUUGAUCAUUCCACACUUCAUUCAUUAAGCACACGCUUUCUCCUUUCUCUUCUUCCUCCAAUUGUACUUUCCCCCUUUCUCUAAAUUACAUCGAUGGCACCUCCUGGCAACUCAAAUACUGGUUCCGGUACUGGGCAGACUGGGUCGCCCUGCGGUGCUUGCAAGUUCCUGAGGAGGAAGUGCGCAGCAGACUGCAUCUUCGCGCCCUACUUCUGUUCCGAACAGGGACCCGCCCGGUUCGCAGCCAUGCACAAAGUUUUUGGAGCGAGCAACGUCUCAAAAAUGCUCCUCCACAUUCCUGUCCCCGAUCGGGGCGAGGCAGUCGUCACAAUCGCCUAUGAGGCUCAGGCUCGGAUCAGGGAUCCGGUGUACGGAUGUGUCGCGCACAUUUUCGCUCUUCAGCAACAGGUGGCUUAUUUGCAAGCGCAACUGAUGCAAGUGAAGGCUCAAAUGGCCCAUAACCUGAUGACAGAUGCAAGAAAUACACAGAACCAGCAGCUAUGGACGAGCGGGAACAAUAACAUAUGCGGGUCAUUGAACCAAUCCUUGAUGUUCCCUGUUGAUAAUCACACAACGAGUUACAUCAACUCCUCCAAUAAUAUCUCACCGCAGAGCUCGAUUGAGUCAGUCGACCAUAGCAUCGAAGCAUUCAGGAUGCAGGAGAUUGAAAGUCGGGAUCACCAUCAACAUCAACAGGAAUUAUGUAAUAUGAGUUUUCCACAGCAGUUCUCCAAGAAGAGACAGCCUAACUGCGAUCUAGGUGAGCUCCAAGCAGUUGCCCUAAGAAUGAUGAGAAAUUGAGAUACACAAUGCUCGAUUUCAGGAUUUAGAAUAAAACUGGCCACAGCGGACAACUUGGAGCUGGACCGAGAGCGGCAGAUGAUACCUCAGAGCAGAUUCCGAUCCACAACCAUGCGUACCUUUGGGUCCUCGAUCGAUGUGACGAUGAAUUCUGUGCUCAAAUACCAAUGUGUAUAUAAAUUGAGACUCCAGAGGAAACCUAGCAGCCCAGAACAUAUUUCGAUAUGCCUAAGUUGGGAGGACAGCACCCAACCCAAAUUUUCUUAAAAGUCAAAACACUCAAUAGGCAACUUGGAAAUUGUCUACUCUUCCCGAUAGUUAAUUAUCUAUCCAUCAAUCGCUUUUGUCAAAUACGAGGUA